GAGGGAAGGAGAGAGAGAGCCGCGGGGCCAGGAGGGCAGACCCCGCAGAGGAAAGGCGGGGAGAAGCGCAGCGCCCGAGCCCACCCGGGGGCGGGGUCCGCACGGGCGCGCUCCUCCUCCCCGCACCUUGGGCCAGCGGGCGGCCGGCGCGUGCGGCUCCCAGUCCGCCGGCUGCUCUUUCACUUUCGCUGCGGCCGCCAGCGUGGCUGAGGCCGCCCCUCGCCUCCCGCCCCGCGCGCGCAGCCCCCCGCGCUCUCUCCCCGGCCUGCGCGCGGGCCACCAUGGCGGUGCUCAUGGCCCGGGUGGAGAGCAUCCUGGACAAGCUGACCCUACCCGAGAAGAAAGUCUUCAAGCUGUACGUGAAGAGCUUCUCGCCGGAGCCCCGAAUCACGACGCAGGACUUGGAAGCGGCGUCCACCACCUCCGGGCUGGCCGAUCUGCUGCUGAAGCGCUUCACCAUGUCCGGGAUCUCCGGGGUCCUAACCGAAGGGCUCAAGAAGAUCGGCCGGAUGGACCUGGUGGCCGAGUCAGAAAGUCUUCCAAGAACAAGUUUAAAGAGAGCAUAUGAAAAUGAUGGCCCUGAAUUGGAAUGCUAUAACAUGGACCAAAGUCGUAAGGCCUUUGUGAUGUGUGUGAAGAAAGAUAGACCAGGGGCUGAAAAGGAUUUAAAGCUUAUAACAAACUGGCUUGAAAAGUGCAAGUUUGAAUAUACAUCAUGUAUAGAUCCUAAUGAAGCGGAAUUAACUAAAGAAUUAAAGCAGUUUCGAGAUGGAAUAAAUGGAAUAAAAGAUGGUAUUAGCUGUUGCCUUGUUACUCUUAUGGCCCAUGGAGGAGAAGGCUUUAUAAAAACAAAAUUGAAUGAGAGAGUCAAUUUAUCAGACAUUUUUGAGAUGUUCAACAAUGAAAAUUGUCCAGCACUUCAAGAGAAACCAAAGAUUUUUGUAAUCCAGGCUUGUAGAGGAGAUCGAAGAGAUGGUGGCGUUGUUCUAACUGAUGAUGAACCUAUGGAACUGGAUUAUUUAGAGAAAAAGCGACUUCCAACAUUCAGUGAUUACUAUAUCAUCUAUCCCACCCAGAAAGGUAUGCAGUGAAUUUUAUGUGCUGCU